GAUUUUGAUAUCUUUGGCAUCAUUCGACCUGAACUAGGAAGAUCAAGCUUGCACGCAUACGUUCUCCGUACCAAGACUUGAUUGUCUCCCUCAAAGUAAAAAUUAAGGUAAGACUCGUUGGCUCCUAUUAUAUUCAUUUGAAUAAAGAUAUCAUUUGUCUUGCAUCAUAAAGCGUGCCUUCAAUACCUAGAGAAUUUAGAUUUACUUAACUCUGAAAAUGAUCAGGCCCCGAAAACCAGUCAUUUUACUUGCUUCUGUGGUCUGUAUUCUUGUGGUUUUUGGAAUUGUAAGCUCUCGAAAUGAGAAAUUAAAAGCAGAGAUACAAGAGGAGGCAAACCAUUUGCUUUAUCAAUGGGAAACUCUCGAAAAGACUUCCAAGUUUGUUCACAAGCAAAACUAUACAAGUGAAAUUUCACCCGAACCUUGUACUGUGAUAAAUCCCCUGACCAAUCAAUUUUUUGAUCUUCGACCUUUAGGUGCAUUGGGAAACGAUGGGCUGGUACAGGCAUGGAAUGCACGCGGCUACGAUUAUGGUCGAAACUUUUCCAUAGGUAUUUGUUCGACCCCAUUAAAACAGCCUCAAAGUCUUCCAGAGUCAGAUUUUGAAGGUGUCACAAAUAAAAGUGAGGUUGGUGGUUAUUAUACUGAUACAACAGGUCACAAAAAAUCCAUAGGACAGAUAUCAACGACUCCAAAAUUCAGAGGACGGAAGCUGGUUCUUGAAUACACAGACGGUAGUGUUUGUGAAGGCUUCAAAAAUGAUGGCUCACUAAAAAAGUCGACCAUUUUAUCGUUUGUUUGUGAUCGGGAGAUUAUGACAAAAGCAUCGAUCUCUUACGUGGGUUCCCUACAUGAUUGUUCCUACUUUUUUGAGGUGAGAACUAUUCAUGGGUGUCCGACAGCCGCAAAGAAAGACGACAAGGCAAUAAUCUGGAUUUUCCUUUUCAUUUGCUUGUGUGCUGUUGCGGUGUUCUUUGGGGGAGGUUUUAUUUAUUCACUUUUCAAAUAUAACCAGGGCCGUCAAUCAGUUUCUCACUGGAAACGCAAUUCUUUCACAGCUGGAGUGAAAAACCUUGCUCAGGUAAGUCAACGUGAGGAGAUUUACAAAUAACUAGAUACUAAUAUCGACUCAAUCGGCUAUAGAGGGAAUUAGUGCACAAUCAAUAUCGUGAUAAUGUGCCAGAAUUCAACAACUUUUUCAGCUCAUUUUCAGGAGAUGAAAACGAGUUGAUUGAUGCACUGGAUGCGCAACAGAAUGAAAACUAAUAGACCAUUUAGCAGUCUUUAUCGAAGGUGAACAAUUAAAUUAAAUCUAAUUACCCGGCAUUAACUUCCGGGUAACCAAACUUUAAGGCCGAAAAUUUUUGCGAUGAGGCGAAUUGAAUAAGGUGGGAAUUGACCUGAAAAAUUUUCUUCAGCAGCUUUUUCAAAGACUGAAAACUACAAAAUGGGUAAAGAAAAGACUCACGUUAACGUCGUUGUUAUUGGUCACGUCGACUCUGGUAAAUCUACCACUACCGGCCACUUGAUCUACAAGUGUGGUGGUAUCGACAAGAGAACCAUCGAGAAGUUUGAAAAGGAGGCUGCCGAGCUUGGUAAGGGUUCCUUCAAAUACGCUUGGGUUUUGGACAAGUUGAAGGCUGAGAGAGAAAGAGGUAUCACCAUCGAUAUCGCUUUGUGGAAAUUCGAGACUCCAAAGUACCACGUCACUGUUAUUGAUGCUCCAGGUCACAGAGAUUUCAUCAAGAACAUGAUUACUGGUACUUCCCAGGCUGACUGUGCUAUUUUGAUUAUUGCUGGUGGUACCGGUGAGUUCGAGGCUGGUAUUUCCAAGGACGGUCAAACCAGAGAGCACGCUUUGUUGGCUUUCACCCUUGGUGUCAGACAACUGAUUGUUGCUGUCAACAAGAUGGACUCUGUUCAAUGGUCUGAGGCCAGAUUCGAGGAAAUUGUCAAGGAAACCUCUAACUUCAUCAAGAAGGUUGGUUACAACCCUAAGACUGUUCCAUUCGUCCCAAUUUCUGGUUGGAACGGUGACAACAUGAUUGAGCCUUCUUCUAACUGCCCAUGGUACAAGGGAUGGCAAAAGGAGACCAAGUCUGGUGUCGUCAAGGGUAAGACUCUUCUCGAGGCCAUUGACGCCAUUGAGCCACCUGCCAGACCAUCUGACAAGCCAUUGAGAUUGCCAUUGCAAGAUGUCUACAAGAUUGGUGGUAUCGGUACUGUUCCAGUCGGUAGAGUUGAGACUGGUGUCAUCAAAGCUGGUAUGGUUGUUACUUUCGCCCCAGCUGGUGUUACCACCGAAGUCAAGUCCGUCGAGAUGCACCACGAGCAGCUUGCUGAGGGUCUUCCAGGUGACAAUGUUGGAUUCAACGUCAAGAACGUUUCCGUCAAGGAAAUUAGAAGAGGUAACGUCUGUGGUGAUUCGAAGAACGACCCACCUCAAGGAUGUGCUUCCUUCAACGCUCAAGUCAUUAUCUUGAACCACCCAGGUCAGAUCUCUGCUGGUUACUCUCCAGUUUUGGACUGCCACACUGCCCACAUUGCCUGCAGAUUCGACCAACUGCUCGAGAAGAUCGACAGAAGAACCGGUAAGAAGAUUGAGGAGAACCCUAAGUUUGUCAAGUCUGGUGACGCUGCUAUUGUUAAGAUGAUCCCAUCUAAGCCAAUGUGUGUUGAGACCUUCACUGAGUACCCACCAUUGGGAAGAUUUGCCGUCAGAGAUAUGAGACAGACCGUUGCCGUCGGUGUCAUCAAGUCUGUUGAGAAGACUGCUGCUGGUGCCGGAAAGGUCACCAAGGCUGCUCAAAAGGCUGCCAAGAAAUAAGCAAGUAGCUUCGAAUAAUAUCUUACUUCAGCGAGCUAAAUAGUUCCAAUGCUGAGUAUGGUCUUCAUCAUGGGCUCAAUGCCAACGUAAAAUUCAAGUUCAAAGUUUUUACUUGAUUACAUGUUUGUUCGCUUUUUGCCAUUGAAUCGACUGAUCAAAUAUUAUAAACUAUUACUAGGUGCUUGUCCCAAACCUCUGGCAGAAUUAAUAUUGUCAAGAAUAGUUUUGUUAGUGCGGUUGUUUGUCUUUGAAACCAACUGCUGACUGGCGAUUGAAGAACUUGAAGAAACAGUGUUUUGUAAAUUUGCAGUCUUCGAAAGUUCGUUGAUAUUAUCAUCGCCAGAGGAUAAUGUCUGAUUUUUCCUAGGAGCCGUAGGUACCACUGAAUAUGCACGCUCCCUGAAGGAGAUACCAACUUGCCUCAUCCUCUUACUGUUUUGUAAGUUGUUUGGGUCUAGUUCGUUAAACCAGUUUGUGUUUUCGUCAAACUCAUAAAUAUGGUAAUCCACGCCAAAAGGUUUAGGUUCAAACAUGUAGAUUGUAUGCAAUGGCACAUCCAAGUCCCCCACAGAGUUUUUGUUCAGAUUCAAAAAGUAUGCAAUCAAAACCCUUGCCACAACUCUGUGUGUGAUAAUUAAUAUAUGAUUCGUGGUCCUCUCCAGCUCGGUUAUCAAAGGCUUGAGCCUUGCAAUCACGUCCAAGUAUGAUUCGCCACCAACACCAGGAUACCUGUAGGCCAUUUUGUUUUCCAACCUAGACUUGAAUUC